AUGGCGUCACGCGGGAGUGACCGGCCGUAUAAAGUUGUCUAUUCCACCCGCACCCGGGAUCCCGACGCCACGAUUGACUCCAGCCCACGUCAGAGCUAUCGACGUGAACACGACUACGACUACGAUGAUGACUACCCUCCAGAAAGGUCCUACACGCGUGACUAUCGAGACGAUAGAACCGAUGCUGAUGGAAGAUCUCGCGACAGCACGCAAUCCUACUCUGGCCGGAGUUCUCUCCCUUCAACUGGCGGCGCGACCAAAAUAAAGUAUGAAGUCGUCAGAGACAGGAACUCCGAUGCCUACGUGAAACGCGCCAAUGCAAUGGUCAUCGAGCGACCAGCCAACAGUGGACGUUCUGAGUACGAAGUCAUUCGACCUGAAAGGAGAGACGACGGAACUUAUGUGGUCGAUGUUGGCGGCGGCCGUGCGCGUAGGUACCCCGACCGCGACUCGGAUGGUUACGAUGCCCCAACCCGUGCGCGGUAUUACGAAACCGCACCGGAGGCUUCACUGCCUUCGCGAAGAGGUGAAUAUGCCUCGUAUGAUUCACCAAAAAUCCCCGAUCGGGACCGUGCAUACUACCGAGACGUGGAAAUCGUGGAGGAUCCGGAGGAUGAUCCGAGGUAUUCGAGAGACCCCAGACCACCAGCCCGUGGCGAGGGUGCUCCUCCUCUACAGCGCCGCAAGAGCGCCAUGCGAGGGCGGAACGAGACUCCUCCACCAGAACGUCUGCGGCGGAAACGAUCUCAGAGCGUGGGCUUCUACCGUGACCAGUUAAGCCACCAUGAUGCCACAGAACAGCGUCACGAACGGCCAGGUGCGGAAGCGCGCAUUGCUGGCCGGUAUCUAAGGCGUGGCGCGGACUAUGAUGAUGAUAUGGAUAUGGACGACUACAGGGUACCAGGCAGGUCCGGACCUAGAGACGACUACUAUGCUCGACGCAACGACUUACGACUGAACGAUUAUGAAUAUGAUGAUGACCGAAGAACGUACACCGAAGAAACGGUGCGACGUUACGAAUAUGAAGAUGACCAGCGUCCCGCUUAUCCCCCAAGGGCACGACCAUACCAGGUAUAUCGUCGUGACCCGGUCGAUGAUGAUGACCGGUCACCAUACCUCGGAUAUGACUCUAGAAGUCGCCGCGAGUACUACCGAUGA